GGGGGUCGGCCCGGGCUCGGCGACCGCGGCGGUCCGCCGGGGCGUCCCACACCUGCUGCCGUCUGGUGGGUCGGCUGCCUCUGCGCCUCACAAUGCUGCCGGUGGUGGUGGUGGUGCUGUUGCUGCUGGGACGCGUGCUCUGGCUCAGCGAGGCCUCCCACGUUCACCGGCGUGGGCUCCUAGAACUGGCAGGCACCGUGAGUUGUGUUGGCAGCCGCAGCCCCAUUGCCUAUGUGAACUACGGCUGCUACUGUGGCCUGGGUGGCAAUGGCUAUCCCGUGGACGACAUUGACAGGUGCUGCUAUAAACAUGACUGCUGCUACAUCCGCGCUGAGAAGGCUGGCUGCUACCCCAAGACCGAGAGCUACUCCUGGCAGUGUGUCCAACAGACCGUCGUGUGUGAACCAACGGCGGACAAAUGCCAAGAACUCAUGUGCAAGUGUGACCAGGAGUUCGCUUACUGUUUAGCCCCAACUACAUACAACUUAAAGUACCUUUUCUACCCCCAUUUCUUAUGUGGCAUAGACUUACCCAAGUGUGACCAACUACACUGACUUCAAAUGUCCUUUUGCACAAGGAAAUAAAACUCAUUUUCACUAUCAA